AUGAAAUAUGAAGGGGUGCUGAUCUGUGUCACGGACACUGCGUUUCUCUUGGCUGGGCAAAAGGGGAAUGGGGAGGGAUCAGGCAAGGGGAAGGCACGGGAGCUGGCAGGGAACGGGCAGGGGCUGGCAGGGGACAGGCGGGGGGCACAUGGGGGCUGGCAGUGCCCGUCUCUCCACCGCAGCAGCGGUGCCCACUCGGUUCUCGCUCCCUCUCCCACCAGGGCCGUCCCACUCCCAGCCGCUCUCCAGCUCCCGCUGCGGCCCCGGGGGGUCCGUCCCGCCCGCUCCCGCUGCUCCCGCGGGCACGGUCGAAGUCCAGCCGCGGCCGCGGGGCCGCUCUCCGUCCGGCCGCGGCCCCACACGGUCACGCACCCGCGGCGUGAGGUGCCGAUACAGCUCUCACCCGAGUGCCCACGCAGCUCUCAUCUAGGUGCCUGUGUUGCUCUCCCCAAGUGUCCCCCGUGUGCCCGGUCAUGUCCCAGCCAGGUGCCCGUGCAGCUGCCACCUGGGUACCUGUACUGCUCUCACCCAGCUGCCCGUGCUGUUCCCACCCUCCCUGACUUCGGGGCUUUGAUCAAGCGGGCACCGCUUGCCACGGUCAUUGAUCCCCCCACCGUGGAGGAGGGGGCAAAGUUGAAUGUUCUGUGCCUGUUACGUGGCUGUCCCAGCAGCUCGCAGAGACAGCUCAUCCCAUUAGGGCUCCCCUUUUAUCCCGAGAAGCACACAGCCAGGCACAGGCCAAUCUGCCUCCCGCUGGCAGCCGCGAAUUUGGUUGUUGAGCAGGAGAAAAGAAGGUGA